AUUAUGAGUCUCUUAGUGGCCCACUUCCUGGAGCAUGAUCAAACUUAAGCCCAGAUAGUCCAUCAGGUUUAUAAGCUUUAAACUGAGAACAAAAAACUGUUUGUUUACAAUCGAUCCCUUGGCCAUUGAAUAAAAACCAAACCAAGUGGUUAAUCGUUAUCAGACAAACGGUCAACGCAAGGUUUCGACCAACGAAGCUUCACUUCGAACGCUCAGUUUUGUAGAAACCGCGUCAGGAUGAAGUUCACUUCGGCAGCACUGGUGUUGAUCGUCGGUCUGGCUCUAGCCGACGCUGCCAUUUAUUCGUCGGAUGACUACCGCAAAUUUACGAAGGAUUGCGGUAAAAUCCUACGCUCAUCCGCACAAACCUUCCAAAAAUUGAAGGACAAAAACUACGGCGAUGACAAGGAGGUGCACUGUCUGAUUCGCUGCAUAGGCGUUAUGACACGGUUCUACGAUGACGAAACGGGCCCGAACUGGGAGUUGGUUAACCAACAUUUGGAAGGCAAACCCGGUUUGGCCGAAUAUCGGGAGGCAACGCAGCAAUGCUUUGCUGCGCUGGAUCCAACCAGCUAUGGUGAGGACUACUGCAAGAAGUCAUUCCUGAGCUACCAGUGCGCGAUGAAUGCAUACGAAACGCACGUUAAGGGUAAGGAAACAGAGGCAUAAUAAGUGGAAACUUGUUGAAGAUGAAGAUCGUGUAGUUUAAUUAAAUGCGGGAUAAAGCAGAAAUACUUUAUAUUAAUUCAUUGUGAAUCUAAUAAAAUUCAAUACAGACCAUAUGAUUAUACUUCUGA